AUGAGCGCACCCAGACACUCGUCGCCGUUAUCGGCGGACUUGCAGUUACCCUGUCCAAUCCUUCAGUCCUUGCGUGAUACCUCGGACAUCAAAACACAGGGAGCGGCGUCGGACAAGGUCUCGCGGAUGGACACUAUUCAAGAAGAGUCUACGGAACCUAAAGACGGCACCCAAGACGACAACACCAGCCAAACUGGCUCUGAAGCAAUUCCCGACUAUGUUUUGAAGAUCCGAGAGGCCAUCAAGCUGCAGGGUCAGCGGCACGAGGAGACACAACUGGAAAGCGAGCAGGCCGAGAAGCACGCGCAUGAAAGUGAGAAGCUGGACUUCCACAAUAAGGCUAUCGUCAAAGGGAGACGGACGUCGUUACUCCCAGGGGCAAAGGAGCGUGCAAGGGAUGUAGUAUCCGAGAUCAUCAAGUCUCGAAGCAAGAGGCGGUCGACUGUUCUCCCCGUGCCAACAAAGGGUGAUUCGGCGGCAAACAAAGUGACAUCGGAAGAUCAAAAGAAGCGUGCCUCGCCUGUUCUCGUCCUGGGACGGACGGAAUGCGCUUCCACCGUCAGCUCUCGACGAAGCAGGAUAUCUGCCAUUUUCUCUCCGAAGGGGUCGAAGUUGCCCGGACAAGAAAAAGGAAAGCCGAAAAUAAAGAGCAAGAACGCUAUACCGACGUACAAUCUCGGAGACGGAUGCACAGGAGCUGAGGCUGCCUCUGCGACGACACCAUCGGUCGAGGAGGUCGAUGAAACGGACAACGACAGCGAGGUUGUAGGCCUCCUCUCCCUCAGGCAAUCAAGGUCAAGUGAGUCGGACGGCUUUGAUGCCUCCCACUUCUACACAGCAAUGAUUCCGUCUGGGUCCGGGCGGGAUUACGAAUACCGCCUUGAUAGAUCCCGGUUCAGACAUGCCGCUGAUUUCUCGCAAGAGCUGGCGUCCAAGAGUGUCGGGAAAGUCAGAUCCAACGUCGGGAAAGUUGUCCAUGCACGAAGGAGGGGGGCCGGAUGGUCGAAACUCAAGGACUGA